AGGCCAAAGCCAAGCAACCACACGUCCAAAAGUCCAACGCCCGCCUCGCUCGAACGCAGGCAUGGGGUGGGUGCGCGUGCGGAGCCCCCCGGUGCUGCAGUCCAAGCUGCUGUGCCUAUCCCUGCUCUACCUCCUCACCGCGCUCCCGCUCGCGCUCUACGUCUCCUUCUCCGACCCCGGCCACCGCUGCCUCCUCCUGCCCUUCCCCUCCCGGGCCUCCCCGGCCGCUGCGAAGCCGCUCUUCGAGUACCCGCCCGGGUACGGCGAGCACAAGCACGCGCUCCCCGUCCCACGCGCGCUCUGCUCCAACCCUGCCGUGUUCUCAGACUAUAAGACUGUCUUGGAAGAAAUCAAUGGACUCUGCCGCAACCUCUCGGCGUCUCCUUCUACAUCCCCUGUGUUGCGGUAUCAGAAAGGCAGCAAAGACUCAUUUGCGGGAAACUUCUCGGCCGAGGAACGGAGAUCGUUCUUCAGCCACACUGACAACGAAGUAGAAAUCCCCUGUGGGUUCUUCAAGGAGUUCCCCGUCCGAGAAGUUGGCAGAUUGGCCAUGGAGAAGUGCAGUGGCGUGGUGGUCGCCUCGGCGAUCUUGAACGACCACGACAAGAUCCGGCAGCCCAAGGGGCUCGGGUCCGAGACGCUCAGCACGGUGUGCUUCUUCAUGUUCAUAGACAACGCCACACACAGGGUCCUCUCGAACCACGGCAUCCUAACAGAAGACGAACACGUCGGCCUCGGCACGGUAGGCGCAUGGCGCGUGGUGACUCUGCGCGCCGGCGAGCUCCCCUACGAGAACCCGGCGAUGGACGGCGUCGUCGCGAAGCACCUCCUGCACCGGCUGUUCCCGAACGCCAAGUUCAGCGUCUGGGUCGACGCCAAGAUGCAGCUCACGGUGGACCCGCUGCUGCUGGUGCACUCGCUCGUCGUCGAAAAGGGAGUGGACAUGGCAGUCUCCAAGCACCCGUUCAACCUCCACACCAUGGAGGAGGCGAUCGCGACGGCGAGGUGGCGCAAGUGGGGGGACGUGGACGCCAUCAGAGUGCAGAUGGAGACGUACUGCGAGAACGGCCUGCAGCCAUGGUCCCCCAUCAAGCUUCCAUAUCCAUCAGAUGUACCGGACACGGCAAUCAUCAUCAGGAGGCACGGCCUGGCCAGCGACCUCUUCUCCUGCCUGCUGUUCAACGAGCUGGAGGCGUUCAACCCGCGCGACCAGCUCGCCUUCGCCUACGUCAGGGACCAGAUGAGCCCCAAGGUGAGCAUGAAUAUGUUCGAGGUCGAAGUGUUGGAGCACAUCGCCGUCGAGUACCGGCACAACUUGAAGCGUGACGGCGGGGGAGGAGGGAAGCAGGGUAUCACUAGGAUGGCGUCCUCAAGAGACAUCACUGGGAGCAGCUGCGAGAAGUACCUUCUGAAGAUGUGGGGGGAGCAUAUUGAAUAAGGUCUUUUGCAAAUG